AUGGGACAGACUGUAGUGACUCCCUUAAGCCUGACUUUAGACCACUGGACAGAGGUGAAGGACAGAGGCAAUGAGUUAUCGGUUAACAUCAGGAAGGGACGUUGGCAGACUUUCUGUGCCUCAGAGUGGCCAAAACUUGAUGUGGGAUGGCCACCUGAGGGGACUUUUGACGCGACUACUAUUUCUGCAGUAAAAGCUACUAUUUUUCAGGAAGGACCAGGGUCACAUCCCGAUCAACAGCCAUACAUCGUGGUUUGGCAGAACCUGAUCCAGAAUCCCCCUCCGUGGGUGAGACCAUGGGUUAAGAGACAGCCAGGCUCCCGAGCCCUGGCUCUCAGCAGUUCCAGGCCUAAAACGCCCAAACCCAAACCAAAACCGGACUCGGAAACUAAAACUCUGCCUAAGAUCUAUCCCGAGAUAGAGGAGCCACCUGAGUGGCCGAGUCCGCCACUGCCCCCCCCUUAUCAUCAACCACCACAGGCUCCCCCGGCCUCGGCACCGAGUCCGGAACCACAGGGAGCAGCCGGGGCCGGGGGGCCGGCAACUGGCACUCGGAGCCGGAGAGGGUUGAGUCCGGAAGGACCCGACUCCACUGUUUCUCUACCUCUCCGAGCUAUAGGUCCGGCACCUACCGAGCCGAAUGCAGUCCAGUUCCUACAAUACUGGCCCUUCUCUUCAUCUGAUCUGUUUAACUGGAAAGCUAAUUAUCCCCCUUUUUCAGAGAAUCCUACAUCCCUGAUUGGACUGGUGGAGUCUAUAAUGUACUCGCACCAGCCCACCUGGGAUGAUUGCAAUCAGCUCCUCCAGACUCUCUUCACAGCCGAAGAGAAAGAGAGAGUUCUUCUGGAGGCCCGGAGAAACAUCCAGAACGCUGCGGGACAACUUUUGCAGAAUCUAACUCCAGCAGAGAUUGAUGAGGCUGUUCCCCUCACUCGGCCCCAAUGGGACCACAACACAGCUGCAGGUAGGGAAAGGCUGUCCAUCUACCGCCGGGCUCUGGUGUCAGGUCUCAGAGGGGCGGCGAGACGCCCCACCAAUUUGGCUAAGGUAAGAGAGGUUAUGCAGGAGCCAGAAGAAGCCCCCUCUGUUUUCUUGGAGCGCCUCAUGGAGGCAUAUCGCAGAUAUACUCCUUUUGACCCCACCUCGGAGGGACAGAGGAUGUCUGUCAUUAUGGCUUUUAUUGGGCAGGCUGCUGCAGAUAUUAGAAAGAAGUUACAGCGUCUUGAGGGAUUACAAGACCUCACAAUCAGAGAUGUGGUUAAGGAAGCAGGGAAGAUCUAUCAUAAGAGGGAAACUCAGGAAGAAAAAGCAGAAAGAGAGAAAAGAGAAAGGAGUAAGGAGAAAGAUGAGAGACAGAGAAGGCAGGAAAAGAAUUUGACUAAGAUUUUGGCCACAGUUAUAGAUGAGGGAAGAAGACAGGGAAGAGGAGUUAGGCAGACAGGGAACUUGGGCGAGUAUCGGAGGCAGGAGCCAAGGAGACCCAGAAGAGCCAGCCAAGCACUGGACAGAGACCAAUGUGCCUAUUGCAAGGAGAGAGGACAUUGGGCCAGAGAGUGUCCCACCAAGAAGGGACUUAAGGCUCUGGCCCUAGGUAGCAAUGAAGACUAGGGGGGUCAGGGCUUGGCCCCCCUCCCUGAGCCUAGGGUAACCCUGAAAGUGGAGGGGACCCCCAUGGACUUUCUUGUCGACACAGGAGCAGAAUUCUCAGUGUUCAAGAAACCCCUGGGGAAGUUGAGAAGUAAGCAAACCAUAGUUAUUGGAGCCACUGGAAGAACUUGGUAUUCAGUUCUGGACCUUAAAGAUGCUUUCUUUUGUUUGAGACUUCAUUCCCAGAGUCAGCCCUUGUUUGCCUUUGAGUGGAGAGACCCAGAGAACGGUAAAGCAGGACAGCUGACCUGGACGAGACUCCCCCAGGGAUUCAAGAACUCUCCCACUUUAUUUGAUGAGGCACUACACCGGGACCUGGCCCCUUUCAGGGCUAAUAAUCCUCAAGUGACUCUGUUACAAUACGUAGAUGACCUUUUAUUGGCCACUAAGGACCCCCAAGAUUGUGAGAAAGGAACAGAACGUCUCCUGGCUGAGUUGGGUAAGUUGGGGUAUUGGGCAUCUAUGAAGAAGGCCCAGCUAUGUAAGACUGAAGUGACUUAUUUGGGUUACACCUUGAGAGAUGGACAACGCUGGCUGACUGAGGCCAGAAAGCAGACAGUUAUGCAGAUCCCAACCCCAACUACCCCUCGUCAGGUAAGAGAGUUUCUUGGGACCACCGGGUUCUGCAGGCUGUGGAUCCCAGGGUUCGCCACCUUGGCGGCACCUUUAUACCCCCUGACUAAGGAACAAGGGGAGUUUACCUGGACAAUCGAACAUCAGAAAGCCUUUGAGGCUUUGAAAAAGGCUUUAUUAGAAGCCCCUGCUUUGGCUUUACCAGAUCUAACUAAGCCUUUCACUCUCUAUAUUGAUGAGAGGAAGGGAGUGGCUAGAGGAGUUUUGACUCAAACCUUGGGUCCAUGGAAACGUCCAGGGGCGUAUCUCUCAAAGAAGCUAGACCCGGUAGCAAGUGGAUGGCCUGUCUGUCUGCGGGCCAUAGCAGCUACGGCUCUACUAGUACAAGAUGCUGAUAAACUGACUUUGGGACAGAAAUUAUCAAUAGUGGCCCCUCAUGCUCUGGAAAGCAUUGUCAGACAGCCUCCCGAUCGCUGGAUGACUAAUGCCAGAAUGACUCACUACCAGAGCCUCCUUCUCACCGAACGUAUAAUUGCCCCACCGGCUGUUCUGAACCCUGCCACCCUGCUGCCCGAGGCUGACAGCUCCAUGAUUCACCAGUGUGAAGAAAUACUGGCUGAAGAAACGUCCAACAGACUGGACCUGACUGACAAGCCCUGGCCAGGGGUGAAGACCUGGUUUACUGAUGGGAGCAGCUUCGUGAUUGAGGUAUUUAUAGAUACUUUUUCCGGAUGGGUCAAGGCAUUCCCAACCAAGAAGGAGACUGCUACUGUGGUGGCUAAGAAGAUAUUGGAAGAAAUCCUACCCAGGUUUGGGGUGCCAAGGGUGAUUGGCUCAGACAAUGGGCCUGCUUUCAUCACGCAAGAAACCUUAGAGACUGUGAAAAAGGAAAUCUGGGGAACCAUAAAGAACUCCUAUGCUCCUAAAGAAGAUCCAGUACCACACCAGUUCGAGGUCGGAGACACUGUCCUAGUAAGGAGACAUCGGACGGGCAACCUUGAGCCACGGUGGAAAGGCCCGUACCUGGUCCUGCUGACAACCCCCACAGCAGUGAAGGUAGACAGCAUCGCUGUGUGGAUCCACACCUCGCACGUGAAAAGAGCACCUCCGAACUCUCACCAAGAUGAAUGGACUUUGGAGUGGACUGGUAAUCCUCUUAAGUUGCGCCUACGCCGUAGGCCCACAGAUGAUGGGGAAUAA